UUUCACAAGGCUGCACUUACCUGUCGGUUAUCACGGCCGGGCAUCAUCUGUUGUGGUGUCUGGGACGCCCAUCCGGAGACCAGUGGGGCAAAUGAGACCUGACAAUGAUAAACCUCCAGUGUUUGGUGCUUGUAAGCGUCUGGAUAUUGAGUUAGAAAUGGCAUUCUUUGUAGGUCCUGGAAACAAGUAUGGGGAGCCAAUUCCUAUCAGCAGAGCCCAUGAGCACAUCUUCGGGAUGGUCCUUAUGAAUGACUGGAGCGCCCGCGACAUCCAGAAAUGGGAAUACGUUCCUCUGGGUCCGUUCCUGAGCAAGAGCUUUGGCACAACCAUCUCUCCUUGGGUUGUUACCAUGGAAGCUCUCAUGCCGUUCGUGUUGCCAAACCCUGUCCAGGAUCCCAAGCCGCUGCCCUACCUUCAGGAUAAAGAACCCUACACUUUCGACAUCAAGCUCUUUGUUGCUAUUAAAGGAGAAGGAAUGACCGUGCCAACUACUAUCUGCAGAUCCAAUUUCAAGCACAUGUACUGGACCAUGAAGCAGCAGCUGGCUCAUCAUUCAGUCAAUGGGUGCGACCUCAGGCCUGGAGACCUCCUGGCAUCCGGCACGAUCAGCGGACCCGAGCCGGAGAGCUUUGGCUCCAUGCUGGAGCUGUCCUGGAACGGAACAAAAGAAAUCCCUCUCGGCAGCGGACAGUCUCGUAAAUUCCUGCAGGAUGGAGAUGAAAUCAUUUUGACAGGUUACUGCCAGGGCAACGGCUUCCGUGUCGGAUUUGGCCAGUGCUCGGGAAGAAUCCUUCCAGCCCUGUCAGACCCAUGAUGACUGGAGUAAGGUGACAUCAGGGGAGGAGGA